AUGGUCCACCAGCCUCUCGGCGGCACGCGCGGUCAGGCGUCAGAUAUCUUGAUAUAUGCGAACCAGAUCCAGAGGAUAAGAGAGCAAAUCAACAAGAUCGUACAGUCGCACAUCAACAAGUCCUUUGGGUUCGAAAAGUACGACCUGGCGGCCAUUAGCGACAUGAUGGAGAGAGACAAGUACCUGACGGCGGAGGAGGCGGUGGAGCUGGGCGUUGUCGAUCAGAUUCUCGAUAGGAGGGUGAAGGAUGAGGUGGAAAAGAAGACCAAGGAUGGAGAGACGCCGUCGCCGCAGCCGUGA